CCAUUCAAGUGGCUGUUUGUUGAGCAUGCGCAGUUUACACUCCUUCUUUACAGACACGUGUGGCAAUGGCUACUACCGGUGAGCAGAAGUUGCCUACUGUACCAGAGACUCUGCUUAAGCGCAGAAAGAAGGUAGAAGAAAUCCGCAAAGCAAGGAAUUUUGCCAGACAGGCCACAUCUAAGCUUAGAAGACAGACUCGCAAGACAAUCUUCAAGCGUGCCGAGCAGUAUGUGAAGGAGUACCGACUGAAGGAGCGUGAUGAGAUUCGACUCAAACGAGAAGCCAAAAAGAACGGGAACUUUUACAUACCCGAUGAGCCCAAGCUCGCCUUCAUCAUCAGAAUCAGAGGUAUAAACGGAGUGAGCCCACGAGUUCGCAAGAUUCUGCAGCUGCUUCGUCUCAGACAGAUCAACAACGGCACGUUUGUCAAGCUCACCAAGGCUACCGUCAACAUGCUGCGUUUGGUGGAGCCUUACAUUGCCUAUGGGUACCCUAACCUGAAGACAGUGCGAGAGCUAAUCUACAAGAGAGGUUACGGGAAAGUGGACAAAAGACGUAUUCCCCUGACUGAGAACUCGGUUAUAGAGGAGUGCCUUGGCAAAUACGGGAUCAUAUGUAUUGAGGACUUGAUUCACGAGAUAGUGACGGUUGGUUCUAACUUCAAGGAGGCCAACAACUUCCUCUGGCCGUUCCAACUGAGUAACGCUCGUGGUGGCUAUCGAAAGAAGACCAGGCAUUACAUUGAGGGUGGUGACCAUGGAAACAGGGAGGGACUUAUCAACCAGCUUGUUCGAAGAAUGAACUAAAAAACCAUUUGAUUUCUCUCUGUGAAUAAUGACGUUGAAUGGAUUAUUAUUGUUGCUUGA